AUGUCUUCCCAGUACGAGGAUCUUGUAUUUGAUCAGGCAAAGACAGACGUCCAUACCUACCAAGGGCUGAAUACUAUCACCCGUACCUACCUAGAUCGUAAUAACGAUGAUCAGAGCUACGAUGAUACUGCCGACCCUCAUAUUUACCAAGAACUGAAUAAUAUCACCCAUACCUACCUAGAUCGUAAUAACGAUGCUCAGAGCAACGAUGAUACUGACGACCCUCAUACCCACCAAGAACUGAAAACUAUCACCCAUACCUACCUAGAUCGUAAUAACGAUGCUCAGAGCAACGAUGAUACUGCCGACCCUCAUAUUUACCAAGAACUGAAUAAUAUCACCCAUACCUACCUAGAUCGUAAUAACGAUGCUCAGAGCAACGAUGAUACUGACGACCCUCAUACCCACCAAGAACUGAAAACUAUCACCCAUACCUACCUAGAUCGUAAUAACGAUGCUCAGAGCAACGAUGAUACUGACGACCCUCAUACCCACCAAGAACUGAAAACUAUCACCCAUACGUACCUAGAUCGUAAUAACGAUGCUCAGAGCAACGAUGAUACUGACGGCCCUCAUACCUACCAAGAACUGAAAACUAUCACCCAUACGUACCUAGAUCGUAAUAACGAUGCUCAGAGCAACGAUGAUACUGACGGCCCUCAUACCUACCAAGAACUGAAAACUAUCACCCAUACGUACCUAGAUCGUAAUAACGAUGCUCAGAGCAACGAUGAUACUGACGACCCUCAUACCCACCAAGAACUGAAAACUAUCACCCAUACCUACCUAGAUCGUAAUAACGAUGCUCAGAGCAACGAUGAUACUGACGACCCUCAUACCCACCAAGAACUGAAAACUAUCACCCAUACGUACCUAGAUCGUAAUAACGAUGCUCAGAGCAACGAUGAUACUGACGACCCUCAUACCCACCAAGAACUGAAAACUAUCACCCAUACCUACCUAGAUCGUAAUAACGAGGCUCUGAGCAACGAUGAUACUGACGACCCUCAUACCCACCAAGAACUGAAAACUAUCACCCAUACGUACCUAGAUCGUAAUAACGAUGCUCAGAGCAACGAUGAUACUGACGACCCUCAUACCCACCAAGGACUGAAUACUAUCACCCAUACCUACCUAGAUCGUAAUAAUGAUGCUCAGAGCAACGAUAAUACUGACGACCCUCAUACCCACCAAGAACUGAAAACUAUCACCCAUACCUACCUAGAUCGUAAUAAUGAUGCUCAGAGCAACGAUGAUACUGACGACCCUCAUACCCACCAAGAACUGAAAACUAUCACCCAUACCUACCUAGAUCGUAAUAAUGAUGCUCAGAGCAACGAUGAUACUGACGACCCUCAUACCCACCAAGAACUGAAAACUAUCACCCGUACCUACCUAGAUCGUAAUAACGAUGCUCAGAGCAACGAUGAUAUUGCCGACCCUCAUACCCACCAAGAACUGAAAACUAUCACCCAUACCUACCUAGAUCGUAGUAGCGAUGCUGAGAGCAACGAUGAUAUUGCCGACCCUCAUACCCACCAAGAACUGAAAACUAUCACCCAUACGUACCUAGAUCGUAAUAACGAUGCUCAGAGCAACGAUGAUACUGACGACCCUCAUACCCACCAAGAACUGAAAACUAUCACCCGUACCUACCUAGAUCGUAAUAACGAUGCUCAGAGCAACGAUGAUAUUGCCGACCCUCAUACCCACCAAGAACUGAAAACUAUCACCCAUACCUACCUAGAUCGUAGUAGCGAUGCUGAGAGCAACGAUGAUAUUGCCGACCCUCAUACCUACCAAGAACCUGAUGAAGAAGCUACAUACAUAGAAUUAUAUUGA